AUGAAAAAGAAAAUCAUCAAGAAGAAAUCUGCUGCUGCUCCGGCUUCCAAAAUUCCAGAUGAUUUCGAGAUGCCAAUGGCUCGUGUAGCAGACGAAGAUGAUGUGGCGGAGGAUUACAAAGUUGUCGAUAUGUCUGAAAUUGCUGCUCCAAUUAUUGAAUUUGAAAUGCCAAAUUUGGUGGAAAAGUCGCCGGAAGAGUUCAAGAAUUCUGAAGUCACUGGAGAAGCUUCAAGAGAAGUUUCAGUCAAGACACCGAAGAAAGUCACCAAACGAGUUCGAAAGUCUUCCAAAACAGACAAAACCGAUCAAAUUCCUCUGACUGCUGAAAAAUUGAACAAUGAGUUAGUUGCAUUGCGUGCCACGUGCCUAACUGCAAAAAAUCAAUUAAUGUCGAGAAUCGUCAGACAGAAGAAACAAUUGGAAUCGAAAAAAUCGCAGAAAGUCGAUGGGAAAUCAAAAGAGGAACGAGAUCGGAAAAUUGCUCGACUUGUGGAAGAAAUUCUGGGAUUAAAGACUUUCGACAAGGAUUCAGUCGCAAAAUUCGCUGCCCUGAACACGAAAUCUCUCGCUGAGCUGAAAAUUAAUGGAAAAACAGAAGUUGCUGAAAGGCUUAUGUACAAGCUCGUAUGCCAGUCAAUUAUCGUCGAAAAAAUUCAGAGUAUUCGAGAAAAGUAUACGGAAUGGAACAAGACUGCCGCGUUUUUUAUGCAACGUCUUGGUCAACAAUAUGCAAAUAAACCAGAGAAAAAGUCAAAAAAAUCAACUGAAAAGAAAGAGCUCAAUAUCGAAAAUUUGGAAGAUUUGAAUAAUGAAGAUGAAGAUUCUGAAAAUGAAAAAGAAGAAGAAAUCGAAGAAAACGAGGAAGACUACGAUCAAUCUGAUAUUGAAAUGUUGGAUAGUGAUGAAGAAGAAGCUGGAGAGGAGGCUGCAAAGAAUAGAAGAAAUUUGCUACUCGGACUCAUUGGCGUCCAAGAGGACAAGAAUCGGCCAAGUUUGGCACCGAAGAAACGAAAACUUGUGGAAGAAGAAGAUGAAGAAGUUGAAACAGUCAAAAAUCAGAAGAAAAUGAAACAAAUUUUCGAGAAAGAGCUUAAAUCUAAAGAGGUGAAAAACCCCAAAAAGUCGAAUAAAAGUACAAAGAAGCCAACAAAGUCAGCUCCAAUUGUUAAAAAAGUUGAAGAAAAGAAAGUGGAGGAGAAUGAAGUUUCCGAUGAUGAAUCAGAUCAGAAAACUCUUGUCAUGAAAGUUGAUUUAUCGAAAGGUGGAAAAAUUGCAAAAGCACAGAAAUUUUCCACAACAGCACCAAAAUCAGCGAAAAUUGUUGCUCCGGUAUCAGAAGAUGAGAAUGACGAUGAUGAAAGCAGCUCUUUCUUUUUACCAAAAUCUGGAGUAGUGGCUCCCAGAAAAAUUAUACCAAAGAAGCCGUCGGAAAAUGUUGAAAAAGUUGACAAAAGAUUCCAAAAAGGAACCCAAAAAAAGUCAGAAGCUGUGGUUGAGAAGAAGAAAGGUUCAAGCAAAAGUGCAGUAUCUGGUGAAAUGCAUCCAUCCUGGAUUGCUAGUCAACUUAAAAAGAAAGAGCUCGCCUCGGCUAAACCCUGUGGAAAGAAAAUCACUUUUGGAGAUGAUGAAGAAGAAUAAUCGAUUAUUGUUGUUAUUCCUUGAUUGUUAACUAUUUUGUUAUUGUUAUAAUUUUUAAAUGAACUGUUUUUUCUUUUC